UGUUUCUUGACCCUCAUGUGCAGAUAUGAUAAUGAUACCCAGCAUGCCUUUGUGGGAGAUUAUUCAGGUCAGAUCACUCUACUGAAACUGGAUGAACACUCGUGUUCGGUCAUCACCACGCUAAAGGGACAUGAAGGUAGUGUUGGAGCAUUGUACUGGGAUCCAGUUCACAGGUGGCUGUUUUCCGGAGCGUCUGAUCACAGUGUGAUCAUGUGGGAUAUCGGUGGCAGACAGGGACGCACAUUACUACUGCAGGGACACCAUGAGAAGGUCCAGGCGUUGCGGUAUCUGCCUCUGACCCGUCAGCUUGUGUCCUGCUCUGCUGAUGGAGGAAUAACCGUCUGGAACAUGGACACGACAAGACAAGAGGCUCCGCAGUGGCUGGAUAGCGAUUCCUGUCAGAAAUGUGAACAGCCGUUUUUCUGGAAUAUAAAGCAGAUGUGGGACACAAAGACAUUGGGGCUCCGACAGCAUCACUGCAGGAAGUGUGGGAAGGCGAUUUGUGGGAAAUGUAGUUCCAAGCGCUCGACGUACCCCAUCAUGGGCUUUGAGUUCCAGGUGCGCAUGUGUGACGACUGCUUCAACACCAUCAAAGAGGACGAUCGGACUCCUCUGGCUACGUUUCAUGAGGGGAAACACAGCAUCGCUCACAUGGACAUGGACCCCAACCGAGGACUGAUGGUCACGUGUGGCAGCGAUCGAGUGGUGAAGAUCUGGGACAUGACGCAGGUGGUGGGCAGCAGUGUAGCAGCAGGAUUCUCUCACCGCUGAUUCUGACAGCCCCGCCCACACUCUGCCAGCUGAUUUCUCAAGGAGUGUCGUCAUCAUGAAAACACUCACCUCCCCGUCAAAAGUGGACACUCCAACUAUGUCUAAAUGUAUGUGUGUGUAACGAGAAUGAUCCUUGAUUUGAUCAAUCUGACUGGACGUGAACUCAAGGUACUUCUAAAAGCACAAUAUUUGCGCUCUUUCUGUGUGUUUGUGGCUGAAGGUUUUUAUCUCUCUGUACGUACCACACAAACACAACACAUUUUUUUCCCCAUCCAACAUCCUGCUGCUUCUUUAUCCAUCCUUGUUUAGACAUUCCAUUUCUUGAAUUAGAAUGCCAGUACUUUCCAUAGUAACCACCAAUCAUGUUACCAUGGUAAUAAGUGUUCCGUAGCAACCAUAGAACUUUUUCAAACAAAAAAUUCCCUCCAAAAAAAAAUAAAUAAAUAAAUGAACAAACCAAGACCGUGAUGAGAAGUUCAAACUUUGAGACACAUGAGUUCAGAUCAGGUAGGUGAGGGUCAUUACAUGUAGCGUGAUCAAUGAUUCUGAUUAAACGGAUUAAGUUAGUAUGUGAUGUGUUCUAGUGUUCUGUUGUAAAACACUAUUUAUAGCAUUAAUCGUCAUUUAUUUAGAGACAAAUCAAAGCCAUGGUUUGCCAAAUAUGGUAAUAGUCAACAUUUACUAGUUAUUAAAUCUAUACUGCCAGCUUUAUUCUGUGAAACAGAAACUGAAAUGUUUAGCAGAAUGUUAACGCUGCUCUUUCCAUACAAUGGAAAUUAAUGAGAGUAAGAGCUCCAGAAAGGUUUAUAAAAUGAGCCUUGCUGUCUGUAUACGAUCUGCGAUUACUUCCAUAAUCGAGAAAUAAUAAGAACAAACAUUUAUAGUAGCAUUUAUGACAAUAUUAAAACAAUUGUUCACCCAAAAUUGACAUUUUAUUUAGUGUUUCCUAAAUGUUACUUGGUUCUAGGUGUUUUUUUUUUCUACUGAUGCUUUAAAUAAUUGACAUAAAUUGACAGCAAUAGUAGAAAAAAAUCAUAUUAUGGUAGUCGAUGGCUACAGGUAUUCUACAUUUUACAAAAUAGCUUCUUUUGUGUUCAACAAAAGAGAAAAAUGUUCACCCGAAUAUCAAAAAAAUAAAUAAAAAAUUGAAGGGAUUUCAACCAAAAAAUGACUCUCCCUUGUGUGGUUUCAAACCUUUGAGGUUCUUUCUUCUGUCAAAUGCAAAAUAAGAUAUUUAGAAAAAUGUUUGUAGCCUUACUAUAGAAGUCAAUGGCUACCCCUUUCCAACAUUCUUCAAAAUACCUUCUUUUGUGUUCAACCAAAGAGAGAAAUUCAAACCGGUUUGGAAGAAAUCUAGGAUAAGUUAAAGCUGUCAGAAUUUUCUUUUUUGGGUGAACUACCCCUUUAAGGAUAUUGAUUCCUGACACAAAGCUGGGUUUUCCCUCCAAAAUGAAAAUGGUCAUCAUUUACUCCAUAUUAGAGCAAUUGUUCACCCAAAAAUGACAUUUUAUUUAGUGUUUCAUAAUCUCACGUGGUUCCAGGAGUUUUUUUUUCUGCUGUUGCCUUUAAUAAUUGACAUAAAUUGAAAGCCAUAGUAGGACAAAAAACAUAUUAUGGUAAUCAAUGGCUACAGGUUUUCUACAUUUUACAAAAUAGCUUCUUUUGUUUUCAACAAAAGAGAGAAAUGUUCACCUGAACGUUUCAUAAAGACAUCAAAAUUGUUGAGGUAUUUCACCCAAAGAAUUACCCUCCCUUCUGUGGUUUCAAACAUUUAUGAGACUCUUUCUUCUGUUAAAUGCAAAAGAGGAUAUUUAGAAAAAUGUUGGUAGCCUUAAUUGGAUGUCAGUGGUUACCCCUUUUCCAACAUUCUUCAAAAUACCUCAAAAGAGAGAAAUUCAAACAGGUUUGGAAGAAAUCUAGGAUAAGUUAAAGCUGGCAGAAUUGUCUUUUUUGGGUGAACUACCCCUUUAAAGAUAUUGGUUCCUGACUCAAAGCUGGGUUUUUCCCUUCAAAAUGAAAAUGGUCAUCAUUUUCUCACCCUUGUUUUCUUCCAGCUCCAGAAGUUAUUUAACAUUAAAACACAAAUGAGGAUAUUUUAAACAAACUAGAGAGAUUUUCUGUCACUAUUUUUAGAAAUGUCCAAAUUUUUCAUUAAGAAAUCAAAAUGAAAGGCGAUUUCACCUGAAAGAUUACUCUCCCUUGUGUGGUUUCAAACUUUUAUAAGAUUCUUUCUUCUGUUGAAUGCAAAAGAAGAUAAUUAGAAAAAUGUUGGUAGCCUUACUAUGGAGUCAGUGGCUACCUCUUUACAACAUUCUUCAAAAAAACUACUUUUCUGUUCAACAGAAUAAACACAAACAGGUUUUAAACAAGUGAGGGAGAGUAAAUUAAUUGUUGUUAAAUUAGCAAAUUUCAUUAUGAGGUGAAAUAACACCUUUGAAUACUUUAAAUUAAUAAAAAUACCCCAGAAUUAUACUCUUAAGUGGUUCAAAACUUAUGAGUUUCCUCAUCCUGUUGAGCACAAGAGAAUAUAUUUUGACUGAAGAAUGUUGAAACUUAUAGCCAUUGACUUCCAUUGUAAGAAAAAAUACAAUGGAUUGAAAUGGCUGCCAACAUUCUUUCAAAUAACUUAACUUUGUGUUCAACAGAAGCAAGAAACUCAGGUUUGAAAACAGUUGGAAGGUUAUUAAAUGGCGACAAAAUGCACAUUUUUGGGUGAACUAUCCCUUUAAUGAUUAUUAAUGUUUUGGUGAGUAAAUUAUGACAGCAUUAAUAUUGACAUCACAUCUCUGCAAUGUUUAUAGGCUAAUAAUAAUUAUAUUUAAACAUAUGGCUUCGUUUUCAAACUGUGGCGCUGUAACGGCUCUUAUGUUUUAAAUUUUAAAUUAACGUACAACUCUAACGAACGUCACGCUGACCAGCUAGAGGAGUUGCUAUUGUUUACAGAAAUUAUAGCGCUGUUCAUCUCACUUACCUUCGACAUUUCUAUGGUCUGAUUUUCUCUCUUCAUCUCUCAGCCUCGUCUCCUUGCACUGAAUUACACGGAUUGUGUGUGUGUUCGCGAUCUGAGGUACAAAAACAGCGAUUGUGUGAGUGUUUGCUAAUGUCUGCCUGUAUAAAGCGCUAGCUUCACAAUCUCCGUUUUGAUAUAACGUCUCAUUAUGCGCUUUGUUAAUAAAUUCGUGCUCUGUUUUGUUUUCGUUUGGCUUCAUGUGAACUUUAAGGAUAUGAAUGUAAGUUGUUGGAACACCGGUGUCAGAGAAAGCAUAUUUUGUACUUGACAUCGUGGUUUUUGUGUGUGACUGACUGUAAUUUCUAACGUUAUGAGAACUGAGGGAGUUUCGGUUUGUUAGUUUUCUUGACGAUAAAAACGCGCGAGUCAGUGGUGAAUCUCCUAAAAUAUGUAUAUUAAUUACCAUCUGCUUUACUGAAAUUGACACUUCAGGGAUUCCCAUCGUUUGCUGAGUUUAACCACCAUGUAAAAUCACAAACUUAUCUCUCUUCGGAUGUUGAAAGCAUUGUAAAGCUUGUCGCGCUGAUCAAACUGUAAAUAACUCUAAAUGACUUUGAGAUCUGAUUUUCUAUGCUCUUUUUUUCUUUCUAAUUCUUACUUUUACUUCAGUAGUUGAGUAAUGAAAUGUUAUUCUCUCUAUAUAUCGAGCUGCAAUGCUCAAACAUCUGUAUUUUUCAUACGAAAAUCACUAAUAUGAAAACUGACGCAAGUCUUAAUGCUGACUGAUAGUUUCAGCCCAGAGAUUGAGCUAAAUAUUACAAAUAAUAAAGUUCUAAGGUGUAUCUCA